GCGCGGGCGCAUUCGUGACACCAGUCGUUCGCAGUCUACGCGAGUGGCACGGCGGUGUGCGGUGGCGUCGCGACGCCGGCGCAGUUCCGUCGAUCGAUUCCACGUUUUGCUAGCCGCGUACUCGUGGUUGGUGGUGAGCGAGCGAGGUCGAAUAGAGACGAAUAAUCAGAAAGAACGAAACGGGUAUGUUGGACGAAAAAAGAGCGCGAGGGUGAAGAAGAAGCAAGAAAGAGAGGGUGGUGUAACGGGGGUGAGAAAGAGAGUGACGGACUGAUAGACGGUGAGGACGAAGCGAGAGGACGGAAAGAGAGAGAGAGAAAACGAGAGAGAGAUAGAUAGAUAGAUAGAGAGAGAGAGAAAGAAAAGGGAGAGCCGAACGAGGUAUUGGUGCGCGUGUCUUUUGGCGACAACGCGUACAAACUGAACGUGUGCUGGAUCCGAAAGAGGUGACAGAUUACCGGGAAGGUUUGUUCGAGCCGAAAAAACUGGCCCGGCACUUUCGGCUCCGUGCCUCCCUCGGUUAAAAAUAUUCACGCACAGCGGUGCAGGAUGACGGCGUUGCGGAUUUAGAAGAGGCGAAACGUAACCUUCUCGCAAGCUGGACGCCGGGAUCGAUCGUAAUACAGUCUUCUUAACAGCCGGCUGACACUGGCCCGAAGACAUGGAUUACCGGUCUGCUGGCACCAGGUGCGAAGAUGAUUCCCUGGAGAACGAGAAAGGAAUCGGUGUUGCGAACGAGCAUAAGGGCGCAUCGAAACGUGGUAGCUCGCAUACGCGCGGCACCGCAAUGUCCUUCGGUUUUCGACGAAGACCCGGCUCCGGCAUACCGAUGCCGAUAACCAACUAUACCACCGAGUCGAGCCUCCUCCAUCCACGAUCGAAAUCGGCCGGGCCAGAACAAAAUCGCAGACGGAUAGACGAUGACACCAGCAACAUGAUCCACAAUUCGUCGUCUGGCCGAUCGACACCGCGGCUCGCGCCACCGAAGAAAGAAUCCAGUGGAAUCGCCGUUCGAACGAAUAGAUUUGGAUAUCGGCAGUCCCAGCCGAAAUUCACGAACAAAGUUAGCGACAUUUGCAGCAGUCACAGCGUGAGCCAUUACAAUCAGGAGAAGCUGCAACAAUACCAGCAGCAAGAGGGUUUCGUGAAACAACCGCACAGGGUGGCUCAAGUACCGAGCGUGACGCAACCGAUAAAAGUGAAAUCAUCGCCGGUACAUGCUACCGUUUCGUACAAUAAUGCUAAUAUCACGCAUAUGGAUGCGAAUCGCAGAGUAUCAGGCAUUCCAGAGCCAAUCGGCAGGUAUACUUUGCACGCGAGUCAUCUGCCUCUACCUCAAUACGCCGUUAGAAUGACCGAUGCAAACUCGAAGAUCGCGAAAACCGCGGCGAAUCAAAGCAGAAAGGUGUCCGCGGCGUCGAAGAGCUCGACCAGUUCGAAGGAGGGCUCGAGCACGGAGGAUUCUGGUAUCGGAAGUCAGCAAGGUUGCGCCGGUGACGGCGAUUUGAGGGGCGUGGAUUAUACGGAUGGAUCGUUAACAAGAAGGCACGGUAUAGGUAGACCUAGGAAUUUAAGGAUGGUCGUAAACGGGAAAAGUUUCGAUGUUAGGGAUGUUAGGGAUGACGACAGUACGGUUACUGAGAUAUCUGUUAUACCUUUGCCAAAAACUUUCACCACAGCCAACACCGGGCUGGUACGAGAGAGAGCCACGCAGUAUCAAAGGAUCGUGAAUAAGGACAAUAGGUAUACCGAAUCUACGACCUCCAUGUCUACUACCUCUUCGGAGGGUUACGACGAAGGAUUAGGCGAGGAGAAAGUUUACAAAGACAGAUCACAUUCCGAGAAGAUUCCUUCUAUUAAGUCAGACUUCAGCCCGCCGAGUUCCGAUGAUCCUGAAUACGGCCACGGAGAAGCUAUGGCUGAUGAGUAUUCGCUAAGCUCGAGCGACGAGUGUCAACGCUCUAGCUCCGUACAACACAUGCAAAGUUCGUCGAGUAUGUCCAAGUCUGGAACGCUCCCAAAAUCUACUCUGCGCUCUGUACUUCUUACCAUCGAAGAUCCUGCGUUCGCCGCUGCCGCAGCUACCUCGACCACCCUGAUAGACGACGAGACCUCGCCCGUUGAUAGUCUUUUCGACAGUCUUACAGCCAGUAUUACUCAGUCGGAUACGAAAACUCCGAAAAAGGAGAACGCGAUGGAACAAUCUGGGACUGGCAUAGACGACGAUAGUCCUGGGACGCCGACGAAUGCUUCGAAUUCGCUAAGUUUGUCGGAGGGCAGAGAAUAUUUCGAUGACGAGAUCGCUGAUCAACCAGGACUUGUUUUUGACGACAAUUCGAGGGCUGGCGCCGAAACGCAAUCUGCUGUGACUAGUCAAGUUGUCACAGAGAACAGUCACACUCUGGUCGAAUCCAGUCCUAAAACAGGCGCGGGACAUGGAAAACAUGCAACUAAUAGUCCUCAUCACGUCAAACGAAUAAGUCGAGCUGGCAGUGUCGACACUUUAUCUCCUUGUGAAUCUAUUGCUUCUGAUGAUUUGAUAUUGGAUUAUGAACAGAGCGAUGCGAGCUCUUACGAAGAAAAUCAACAUCGAGUGGAGACGAGCAAGCCACUGCAAGAUAUGGAUAAUGCUACAAUUCUGUCCGAAUUAGAAGCCCAAGGUGAGGAAGUGAUGAGGCAGUGGAGUUCUUUAUUGAAUACAUGUCAAUCGCUACAACAGACUAAUGAUUCCAACACGAUUAACAACAACGUGAAUGAUGGAUCGGCCAAUAAUAAUAAUCAGCCAGCCAACGAAAUAGGAAACGAUUGUGAUAAAACGACAAAGGUAUGGCGAAGUAGAUCCGUGACUGAUUCACCACGUUCCGUAGAUAGUACACGUACUCGUCAAUUUUCCAGUCCUUUAAGGAUAUCAAGAAAUAUCCAGUCACCGAGUUUUGACUCUGGAGAUGAAGGAAGUCUCCGACUUGAUCGUGAUACCUAUCAACACAUGUUUCAAGACAUUGUUUCAAUAAAAACGAUGCUUCUGAAAUUGAAACGAGUACUUCAAGAGUCAGAAGAGAACAGUUUGACGAGGGCAGAAACUCUCAACCCAUUCGAUAAUACUAUGAAGAAUGGUCUCUUCUGCAACGACAGUAGUACCGCGGAUGUUAGUACAUCUCCAGGUACUGGUGGCAGUAAUAUCGUCGAUGAAUUGGCUGAUUUACGUAGGCAGGUUGUCUUUUUACAAGGCCAAGUAGAAGAUAGAGAUCGAACUAUUCAAGUAUUACAGUUCCAAAUAUCAAAACUUCAAGGACCUAAUAGCGACGGCCAAACAUGUGCUUUAACCAAUAAUCAUAAAAACCUUUUUUCCUCAAAUACCUGCAAUGCUGCUACGCAAACAGAAAAGACACGUCCAGUGUCAGCAGGACCAUCACUUCUGCAAACACUCCCACAGGAAGAUGUUAUGGGAUCUCUAGUUAGUUGUGUGGGAUGGAGUGACUCUUGGGAUCGACACCGUCCUUCAUUGCUCGGAGAGCUUAAUGAUAACAGAAGCCCACGUAAGUCGACCGAUCGCAUACCGCGUACAAUAAAAUCUCGUCUUGAGGAUACUUUGCAUCGUCAAACCGGCAAUACGGAUAAAUUGCCGUCAGAAAGCCCUUCGAACAAGAGUACCGUGAAAUCGAAGGACACCAAGUCCACCGAAUCGAAUGACAAGGAGCAGCAUGAGGUAAAGAGGGAAGAGAAUUUCGUGAAAUCGUGUAUUCCAACGGCCAGAAAAUUUGCGACGACUUCGAUACCACGGUCAGCGAGGACCGUUACUUCAAUAGGUCGACCGCACAAUACGUAACUAUUUUAUUUCAGAAAAAAAAGAAGACAGAAAGAAGUCUCAUUGAAUUUUAGUUCACAUUCGCAUCGUUGCGAAUAGUCUGCUCAGAUUAGCUUAUUAGUUUUAUUUUUUACAUUAAAAAAGAAUUGAAAUUGUUAUUGCGAGUGUGUAGCAUGCAAGUUGCUGUUACGUGAUAACUAGACUGCGAAUUUUCAUGCAAAUCCAUAUUUUUCUAAAACAGGUUUGGGCUUUAAAAUAAAGAGUAACAAAUAUUUUACUGAAGUAUUUCAGAAGCAUCGUUUCUACUAAUUUAUUGUUUUUCUUUUAGAGAUAAUAUUGAGAAAAAUAAUUGUACCUUGUGUCCAAGUCAAACACAAGUUCAAUAGAAUCCUGUAUGUAUUCGGACUCCAUUCGUUAGAAUGAGAUUUUAGUUGUUGCUCAAUUAAUUGAACGUUGUUGAUUUUCUUACUAGACGAAAAAUGAUAUGUAACGAGAAAAAUUGGUGAAAUCUUAUUAAUUAUUAUUUGCUUCUUCUUGACAAGUCCAGAUAAAUGAAGUUCUGAAAUUAAAUCAUUUUAAAUAAUCUUUUAUUCCAGUUAAUUUAUUGAAAUAAAAUAACCGGACCUGCGUGUGUUCAUGCAAUUUUAUAUUUUUGUGAACACAGUUAAAGAAAUAGAAAUUUGUUUCAUCUACUAAAUAUCACGAUAGGUGCUCGUCUUCGAAUAUAUGACACAUACGGUAUCUGGAACCAUUUUUUUUAAUUUCCUAAAAAUGCAGAAAUGUUCACAAUCUAAAAGAAGCAAAUAAUCCCAGCAUAAAAUAAAGUUUGCACAAUAUUGUAGAAUUAGAAAUAUGUACUAUUUGAAAAAUUAUUUUAUUUGACAACCAAAUGAAAUAGUUCCGAAACAUCAUUUGCCUUUUCAAGUAAACUAAUGCAACAUUAUUUCAAAAUAAUAUCGAAUCAAAUGAGCUGACUUAUAUUUUUUUAACAAUUAUUUUUUUAAUAUUUUAAAUAAUGCCCAAGUCUGUUCUAGAUAGAAUUUAAAAAAAAUUGAAUUUAGGAGUUGUAUUUCACAUGCUAAAUAUUACAAUAAGUAUUAUAUCUUGAAUAUCAAGAAAAUAUUUGCGUAUUACUUUAAAUUUUUCUUGAGUGCAUAAAAAUUCGCAGUCUUGCGAUAACGGCAUUUAAUUUAGCUAUUUAAUUUUCAUUUCGAUAUUGAAAAGGAUAUUUCAAUUAUUUUUCGUAAGAUUUUUCGUUCCAAUUUCACGAAUAUAAUGAAAAUGAAAACAUUCUUAAGAUUUGCUAUACGUAAAUUGCAAAAAUAAUGUACAAAUUAUACGUUGAGAGUUAAGGGCAAUUCAUAAGUUCCUAUCAUUUAAAGUUUCAGUAUCAUUAUGUUUCAUUUGGUUUUCUUAUAUCGCGUAUAGAAACUACCACUGUGGUCUUUCGAUACGAUCACUGAAUUGUACACAUUCAUUUGUAAAUUAUUAAUUAAGUUCUCUAUGACGCAGUUUAGAGGUGUACAUUCAUCAUGUGGAUGUACAGUUUUAAUUUUCAUUUACUUACAAGCAAUGUUUGUGAUAUUGUAAAAAGUGUCCGUUUAUCUUGUUGCGUAUACUCUCGUCAUGUGAACAUUAAUCGGACUUCUCUUAA